AUGAAUGACAUACAUAAAGCGGUUUUACGAGAAAAGAACGAUUUUUUAAUCCACGAAAUAACAGCUACUCAUAUCCUACAGAAACUGCUGCGAGCUAGAGUUAUUGACAAAGACCAAGCAGCCAAAGUUUUGGAUGCACAUGAGCGGAGUAAAAAUGAAGGGAUGGGUGUUCUGUUACAAUAUGUGUCUAGAGGUGGUUCUAAAAGCUUCGACAACUUUCUGGAAGUUCUAAGGAAAGAAAAUUAUGAUGAAGUUGCAAAUGAAUUGGUUAAAGCUGUCACAAGAAAGGAAAAACUACAACAUUCAAAGAUACCAGUCACACCUAAAUCGAAUCGCAAAGCCAUGGCUAAUAAUGGCAAUCAACAGUCAGGUCAAUUGACGUACAGAUCUGAAGAAAAAACACUAGCACCAAAUAAGUCUACAAACGCCACUAAAGCUAGCGAUACCAGAUCGGAUAAAACUGGGACAAAAGAAAAGACUUUCAUUGCAAAGUCAGAGGGAAAACAUAAUUCAAGGCAGCCACAAACACAAGCGACCACUGAUAAACCAGGCUAUGGCUCUCAGCACGGUGUGCGUUCUAAUAUCAAUGACAGUAAAAGCAAUGCUACGCGCCAACCAGAUGCAGCCGGUAAAACUAAACCAAUAAAUAAUGGUACCAGCCAAUCAAGCUCGUUUAGUCCGAAAAAGACGCAAAGCGGCAAUACCACUUCAUCUGUCAGCACAAAACCCUCGAAGAAUGCCACGAGCACAACAAAUACAAAAACCUCACAGCCAUCUAACACCACUAGUAACAGCAAGGCACCAAUUGCUACUAGCAACAAACAAGCUAACGCAAGAUCAUCUCAUGCUGCAAAUACACAAAGCACUACCAGUAACGCGAGUCCUUCAAACGCGAAACCAUUCAAUUCGAAUGCGAGUCAAUCAAAAACAUCCCAUUCAACAAGCCCAUCAAAAUCGUCCCAUUCUACAAGCCCAUCGAAGCAAUCUUAUUCAACAAGCUCUUCAAAGCAAUCUAAUGCGACACGCCCGCCAAAACAGCCAAAUGCAGCGAGAGAUUCAAAACCUGUGAAUAACAAGUCGUCUUUGAUGAUCAGUUCCACAAAACUACAGACUAAGACGAGUCAGACUAAAGGGUCUGAAGAGACAACGUCAACUGGAACCAACAACAAAUCGCAAGGUACGAAACGUGACAAUGAGCCCAGAGUUCCAAAAGAUGCACCAAAUACUAAACCAUCGCUUACAGCAAACUCUAAACCACUGAACAGUAAAACUGUGGGGACAGGGAAUGCUAAGCAGUCGAAGCCAGAAUCUAAUAAACAACAACUACAGCAAGAGAAAGCAGCAACAGGCCGUACACCAAAACCUGCUGGAGUUCAACCUAAAUCUAAACCAAACAAGCGCUUCAUUAAUUAG